AUGCGUUUCGGCAAGACCCUGCGCGAGGCCACCUACCCGCCGUGGAAGGGCCAGUACAUCGACUACUCCAAGCUCAAGAGCCUCCUGCGCGAGGACCAGCGCGACGAUGACACCCCCUGGACCGAGGAGGACGAGACCCGCUUCAGCGACGAGAUCUUCAACGUCCAGCUCGACAAGGUCGCCACCUUCCAGGAGCAGACGGUCGCCAGCCUGCGCCGCCGCAUCGACGACGCCUUCGACAAGCUCAAGGACAUCGCCCCGGCCGAGGGCAAGCCCAAGAGCGACAUCACCGACGGCCGCCUCAAGCAGCUCAAGGACGAGGCCAACGCCAUCACCAGCGAGGUCGAGCAGCUCAAGAAGUACAGCAGCGUCAACUACACCGGCUUCCUCAAGAUCGUCAAGAAGCAUGACCGCAAGCGCGGCGACCGCUACAAGGUCCGGCCCCUCAUGAAGCUGCGCCUGUCCGACCGCGGCCUCAACGCCGAGAAGGAGUACUCGCCCCUGCUCAAGAAGCUGUCCACCAUCUACUACAUCAUCGACUCCCACCUCGACGACGGCGCCGACCAGUCCCAGCCCCCGGACCUAGAGCACCAAGAGGAGGUCAAGAACGGCGAGCGGUACACCGCCCACAAGUUCUGGGUCCAUCCCGAUAACCUCCUCGAGGUCAAGACCUUCAUCCUGCGCCGCCUACCUGCCCUGGUCUACAGCGAGCAGGCCUCCAAGGAGCUCGAGGGCAACGAAGACCCCAGCAUUACCUCGCUGUACUUUGAUACGUCCAAGUUUGACCUGUACAUGCGCAAGGUGGACCGCCAGGUGGAUGCGUCCUCGCUGCGCCUGCGCUGGUACGGCCCCCUCAGCGCCAAGCCCGAGAUCUACCUUGAGCAGAAGAUCAUCCACGAGAAUGGCACCAGCGAGGAGAAGAAGAUCAACAUCAAGGACAAGUACAUCAAGCAGUUCAUCAACGGCGAGUACAAGAUGGAGAAGACGAUCCAGAAGAUGGAGCGCCAAGGACAGCAGCCCGACAGGGUUGAGUCGUUGAAGAAGACCGCCGACGAGAUCCAAGACUUCAUCACCAAGCACAAGCUCGACCCGGUCUUGCGGGCUGUCUACACCCGUACGGCGUUCCAGAAGCCGGCCGACGACCGCGUGAGGGUCUCGAUCGACUCGGAUAUUGCCUUCAUCCGCGAAGACACCCUCGACCGAGAUCGGCCCUGUCGGGACCCCAGCGACUGGCAUAGAGGGGACAUUGACAACAGCAACAUGACCUACCCCUUCAAGAACAUCAACCAGAGCGAGGUGUCCAAGUUCCCUUAUGCCCUGCUCGAGAUCAAGGUCAAGGAGGACGCCAACCGCAAGAAGCCCACGUGGGUGGAGGACCUGAUGGGCUCGCACCUGGUGCACUCGGCUCCUCGCUUCUCCAAAUUCGUCCACGGUGUCGCCUCGCUGUUCGAGGACUACGUCAACAACUUGCCCUUCUGGCUUAGUGACCUGGAGAGGGACAUCCGCAAGAGUCCCAAGCAGGCAUGGGACGAGGAGGAGCAGAAGAAGAAGAACCGUGCCGAGGAUGCUCAGGUUAUCGGAAGCUUCCUAGGCAAAGGCUCUGCCUCGUACAAGGCCGCGGCCGGGUCCUACAAGCCUGCCGCCAGCUCGCCUGUCGGGCAAUCCUACUUGGCUCAGCGCGUCGAGGCCGAAGACCAUGCCUCCGGCGCCAACGGUCGGGAAGAGGACGGCGAGGACCACCACGACCAGCCCGGCGGCCAGCAGGACUACGGCACGCUCGGCAAGAUCCUGCCCAGCUUCUCCAUCGGCAGCUACGCCCGCCUGCGCCGCGACCGUGUCAAGCUUCCCGAGGGCGUCGUGGAACCCACGACCUGGAUCAAGAACGAGGGGCCCCUGCAGAUCGAGCAGAAGGUCUGGCUCGCCAACGAGCGCACCUUCCUCAAGUGGCAGCACAUCUGCGUCCUGCUCGGCAGUCUGGCCGUCGGCCUGUACACGGCCGCCGGCGAGAACUUCCUGGCCGAGUGCAUGGGCAUCGCCUACAUCGCCAUCGCCGCCAUGGCCGGCAUUUGGGGCUACUUCAUGUUCAACCGCCGCCAGAGCAUGAUCAUCGAGCGCAGCGGCAAGGACUUUGACAACAUGGUCGGCCCCAUCGCCGUCAGCAUCGCCAUGAUGAUCGCCCUGAUUCUCAAUUUCGUAUUUGCGUACCGCGCGGCGUUUGGGAAGCUGCACGACGGCAACGGGUCGGCGGGUAAUGGGACGCGGGAACUUCUGAUGGGCGAGCUGUGA